AUCACUGGGCGGGACCACGGUUGGUCGGACUGCCAGGCGUUGGGCACUUCCGCCGGGCUCGGGUUUCCUUCGACUCGGCAUUUAAAUUGAGCUGCAGGCCAUCAGCUGCUGCUACAUUCAGCGCCGCGCUGUGACAGAAAAUAACCCUUAGCGCUAGCAAAACAGGCUACUCAUAAUUUUUGACACUAAAACCACAUAGGUAAUUGCUGGUCCUGAAGAGGUUUGGGUUGUUUCGAGGGCAGGAGAGCGGGAGCAGUUGAACAAUAACGGUGGUUGCGCUUUGACAGCAGAUCGGUGCAUCAUUUUUGGGAUUCCUCUGAUAGCUUUUGGACGAAAUUGAAUAGCGGUAACGUGGUGCGUCGUGCAUGAGCAGAAUAAUUUAGGCUUUUCUGGUCAGUGUUUGUUUACUGAAAUAGAUUGGUAAACAAAAACAAACGCAUUGAAUGCAGUGGGGGUUUUUGGCCCAGGAGCAGAAGUGGCCUGGACUUGGGAGGACCGAUGGACUCGAUGAUGAGAGUGCAUUUGAAGGGUCAGGUUUAAAUUCUGAUAAAAACAUAACAACAAUUUUUUUUUAGUUCUAGACAUUACUAGAUACAAAAUCUUAAAAUAACCUUCAACUGGGUUGAAUAUAGCAUCAGGCCAAACCUCCGUAUUAUCAUCAAUAACAACAACAGUCACCACCCAGUCAGCUUAGCAGGACAGUCAGACUUUAAAUGUUAUUUCAUCUGUAUAUAUGACUGAUGUGAGAUAAAAUAUCUUAGAUUUUCAAGAUACUUUCAUAAUUUUUGUUCUCCCAAAACAGACUUUUAAGGAGAUUUUAUCUCUUGAGAAGAUUUCCAGUAAAAUAAAACCCAGAGAAAACAACAAUAUAGAUUAUUUUUAGUGUGUAUAUGUCACUAAUCAUUUUUGUUUAGAUUUAAAGCUGGAAGGCAAGUUAUUUGUUUUUUUUCUGAAACUGAGUUUUAAUUAGCUCUUCUUGUCUUAUAUGUGAGGAAAUCUCACUUUCCGUUUGACUUUAAGACAAGUAUUGGAUUCCUCAAGGGCAUAACAAAUUUGUAUAGAUAACCUGUCAGUCAACACCAGAAUAAGCUGACAAUAAGCGUCCAUCUUAUCAGCGUCUUUGACCACUUAUAUGUGUUGGAGGCUUUACUAGUAUAACAAUAAGCAACCAACAAUGUUCAGCUGGCUUGGAACCGACGACAGAAGGAAGAAGGACCCAGAAGUCUUUCAGACCGUCAGUGAAGGACUUAAGAAGCUCUACAAGACCAAACUCCUGCCGCUGGAGGAGAGCUACAAGUUCCAUGAGUUCCACUCUCCGGCUCUGGAGGAUGCAGACUUUGACAACAAGCCCAUGGUGUUACUGGUGGGACAGUACUCCACUGGCAAGACGAGCUUCAUACGCUACCUGUUGGAGCAGGAUUUUCCUGGAAUGCGGAUUGGCCCUGAACCCACCACAGAUUCCUUUAUCGCGGUGAUGCACGGCGACACAGAAGGAGUCGUCCCCGGCAACGCUUUGGUGGUUGACCCCAAGAAGCCCUUCAGAAAGCUGAACGCAUUUGGAAACGCAUUCCUCAACAGGUUUGUGUGUGCCCAGCUGCCUAACCCAGUGCUGGAAAGCAUCAGUGUGAUUGACACACCAGGAAUUCUGUCAGGAGAGAAACAGAGAAUUAGUCGAGAUGAGCAGUUGUCAGGCUAUAGCUGCCUACAUAGAUGUCCUUAUGGAGGCUAUGACUUUGCGGCUGUCUUGGAGUGGUUUGCAGAGCGAGUGGACAGGAUCAUAUUACUGUUUGAUGCCCACAAACUGGACAUCUCUGAUGAGUUCUCAGAAGUGAUAAAGGCCCUGAAGAACCACGAGGACAAGAUCAGGGUUGUGCUGAACAAGGCUGACCAGAUAGAGACCCAGCAGUUGAUGAGAGUUUAUGGUGCUCUGAUGUGGUCACUGGGAAAAAUAGUCAACACCCCCGAGGUGAUCCGCGUCUACAUCGGUUCAUUCUGGUCCCACCCUCUGUUGAUUCCAGACAACAGGAAGCUGUUUGAAGCAGAGGAGCAGGAUCUAUUUAAGGACAUUCAGUCUUUACCGAGAAAUGCGGCACUUAGAAAACUCAAUGAUCUGAUCAAGAGGGCUAGACUAGCCAAGGUCCAUGCCUACAUCAUCAGCUCACUGAAGAAAGAGAUGCCCUCGGUGUUUGGGAAGGAGAACAAGAAGAAAGAACUGAUUGGCAGUCUGGGAGAUAUUUAUAAACGCAUAGAAAGAGAGCAUCAGAUAUCACCUGGAGAUUUUCCUAAUCUGAAGAAGAUGCAGGACCAACUUCAAGCUCAGGAUCUCAACAAAUUCCAGCCUCUGAAACCCAAACUCCUGGAGGCAGUGGAUGACAUGCUGGCCAAUGACAUUGCUGGCUUAAUGGUACUGGUCCGCCAAGAGGAAAACCAGCGUCCCAACGCAGUUGUGAAGGGUGGUGCGUUCGAUGGCACUUUGGACGGUCCAUUUGGCCACGGGUACGGCGAAGGAGCCGGUGAAGGUAUCGACGAAGCAGAGUGGGUCGUUGCACGUGACAAACCUGCUUACGAUGAGAUUUUCUACACAUUAUCUCCCGUCAACGGGAAGGUGACGGGAGCCAAUGCCAAGAAGGAGAUGGUGAAGUCAAAACUGCCCAAUACAGUCCUGGGAAAGAUUUGGAAGCUGGCAGAUAUCGAUAAGGAUGGGAUGCUAGAUGAUGAGGAGUUUGCUUUGGCCAAUCACCUGAUAAAAGUGAAACUGGAGGGACAUGAACUACCAUCGGACCUGCCUGCACACCUGGUGCCUCCUUCCAAGAGGAAAAUACCUGAGUAAAUAUAAGAUUAGAUUACACCAUCCCCUGUCCCCCAAAACCUGUAAGUAGCCCUCCCCCCUCCUCCAAACAGAGAAAAAUAUCCCAAUUAAAAUAGGAAUAUUCCUGUAGCAUUAUAGCAAAAAAAAAAACUAAAAAUGAAAAGUAUUUCAGCAAAAUUAGACCCCAUUUCCAACUCCCAGUCCCACUAUGUUGCCGCCCUCCCCACAUCUGCAGCCUUUCCUUACCUUCAAGAGGCAAAUAUUAAAGCAAAAUAUUUAGUUACAUUCAAAUAAGAAUCAAGUUAAUGAAUGCAUAGGCAACCGAUACAAAUGCUACAUUGCUAGUGUGCUGAAAUGGCUUUUAAUGGAGUAGAAAAACUGGAUCUUGAUGAGUCCUCCGAUUUAAAGUCAGGUCUUUAGUCCAGUGUCCUGAUUUGCAGUUGAGUUGUUAGGCAGGACAGGUGUUAGAGAUGUUACGACAACUGAUAUGAUAAUUAUUUAAAAAAAUAAUAAUAAUAAGUCUAAAACAAGAAACACUGGAAUACAGCAAAAUGUAAGUUGAUCCAAACUACUGGAAGAAAAUGGGAGAGAUGCAACAAUGUGAAGAAAGAAAAUGUUUUUGGAAGGAUCAUUUUGGAUGAAGGAAGACUGGGAUAUAAAAAUACAAAUAAACAGUUUACCCCCAUUAAAACUUGAUCUACAAUAGGAACUAUUAUUGUAUUAUAAUCUGUAAACUGUAGUGUUCAACACGAUACUAAAACAUUUCACAGUUCUUGUAUCUCGAGGUCCUGCAUUAUUCUUUUGUCUCCUGGCACGGCUGAGUAUUGUGUCUUUUGUUUCAUGGCGACAUAUUAAACAGCUACAAAGACUUCCUGGCAAGUGGCUUGAGAAUACACACAAACGCAUACAAAUGUAUAGAAGCACAUGCACAGAAAAUGAACACAAUUCUGGUUACAUGGUUUGCAACCAGAGGAGAGAAUGGAAAGUGUGGAGCACCAAUUAUCAUAAAAAGAAAAUGGCCUACAUCAACUUUUUUAAAAUUUUAAAUGUGAUAUACAGAUAUUGAUGUGUGUGUGUGGGGGGGUAACAUCACCAUCAUUUACUGUAGCACCUGGACUGACCUCCUUUACUGCAGUGAAGGAGGAAGAUGUUUCUCUAUGAUUUUGACAUAGUUCUAAAUACCAUUAACAUGUUUGGAAAUACUGUGUCUAUAAUAUGAAAACUAUAUAAUGGGUAUUGUUUGGACACAUGAGUGUGCUGACAUUCUCAAUAUAAAAGUAUUGUAAGGACUUUGAAUGUUAAAUGUGCAGACGUUCAUGGUUCUGUGUGGGCACAUCCUGAUUAUUGUAUGUAUGCAUAUGACCACAUGUAUCAGUGUUGUUAUUAUUUGUAACAUAUAUUUUUAUUAAGUCUUAAGCAUUUCACAGGCUACUGUGUCGGGAGUAUUCCAGUGGGUUAUUAAUUGAAACGUGAUGAAUCAGUUAUUGCUAAUCUAACCUAACCUGGCAGUCCAGAGAGUGAACACACAGCUGUUUGCUUAUUUUGUGACGAUAACGAAACACUAAUCGACACAUUUUACAAAUGUUUCUUUUUGUUUCUGAAUGGAAGUUUGGCUUUGAAUUUCAUGUGUUUAAAUUGUAUACAUGUAAUAAAUGUAAUCCCUCUUUACAAUGAUUUACUGUAGCGAUAUGCCACUAUGUAUGUAUAUAUACUUAACGUUAGGACCAUGUUUGUGGUUUGUUACCAGUGAGAGUUGCUAAACAUAAGAUGAAACACUAAGCUAACUAAUUUUGGGUUCCCAUAUGAUGUUCACUAUGUGUUUUAUGACUGAGACAGUCUUACCCCAGUUUUAGCUACAGAAUUGACUUAAAUAUUUCCAGUUUAUGGCCCUUUUGUGCCCCUCUGUGCGUUACUGUGAAUCUACUGUACAGAAAGACUGUUUGCAUUCCAUGAACACCGAUUGGGAAAUCAUCCGCAUCAUCUGGGCUGCUUUACGCAUCACUAGCUCAUAUUUCAUAAAAGAGCCAGGUCAGAUCAACCGAAUAAUGUUAAAAAGGAUGCUUAUUGAAUGUGGAUUCUCUGCAGAACAAAGUCCUUCAGAAUCAUAAGUUGUUUUCAUUUCCUGACGGAUUGCAACAUGAAGUCCUGUCGAUUGGUAGAUACACUAAGUGGAAACACUGGCGUUAUGGUAUUUUUUUCUGUUUAAAGGUGGUUAUGCAUUGUGAGAUCUGUAUUUCACUUGUUUUCUGUCAACAUAAACAACAGUCCAAAAGUGUAAUAAAGCGUCAUUUACUCAA